AAAUAUGUAUUGAAUGCAUUAAUUUACAUAUUGAACAUAAUUUAAAUGAUGUUUUAGAAAUUAAAUGCCCUUUUUAUGAGUGUGAAGAAACUUUAAAAUAUCAAGAAUGUGGUUCAAAAUCAUGCUUUACUCAUGAUGUACCAUGGCAUGAAGGUUUGACCUGUCCUGAAUACGAUCGAAUGAAAAGAGAACAAGAAGCUGCUACAAAUACUCCUCAAUGUCCUCAAUCUUCUCAACCUUCUCAAUCUCCUCAAUCUUCUCAACCUCCUCAAGCUCUUCAAAGUCCUCAAUUUUCUCAACCCGCUCAACCUUCUCAAUUUCCACAACCUUCUCCACCUUCUCAAGCUCUUCAAAAUCCUCAAUCUUCUCAACCCGCUCAACCUUCUCAAUCUCCUCAAUCUUCUCAACCUUCUCAAGCUCUUCAAAGCCCUCAAUAUUCUCAACCUGCUCAACCAUCUCAAUUUCCUCAAGCUCUUCAAGGUCCUCAAUCUUCUCAACCUGCUCAACCUUCCAAAUCUCCUCAACCUCUUCAACCUCAGCCUCCUCAAUCUCCUCAAUCUACUCAACCUCAACCUCUUAGACUUCCUCGGCCUUCUCAAGCUCAACAUUCUCAACUUUCACAAUCUUCUCAACUUUUUUCUCUUCCUUAG